AUGACCUUACAGCCUCCAUCUUCAUUAGGAACACAGCGUCAAGCGUCACCCUCACCGUCAUCACCUUCCUCAUCGCCUAACACAACUACCAAUAGCGUUGGAAAAGCCAAUGGUGGAAAUACAUUUGUACAUAAAUUAUACAAUAUGGUUGUAGAUACUCAAUAUCAACAUUUAAUUGCUUGGACUUAUACAGGCAUGUCGUUUAUCGUUUGUAAUAUAACAGAAUUCUCUCGUGACGUCUUGCCAAAGCACUUUAAACACAAUAAUUUCAGUAGUUUUGUGAGGCAAUUGAAUAUGUACGGUUUUCAUAAAGUGAAUAAAUCUCCUAGAGGCCAUCGUACUUUAGCAGAGAACCAGAUAUGGGAAUUCAGUCAUCCUAAAUUCUUAAGGAAUAGGGCAGAUCUAUUAGAUGAGAUCAAACGUAAAACAAUAGAAUCGCAAGCGAAUGACGCCAGUAGAAGAGGAUUAUCGGACGAUUCGAGCUCACAUAUGGCAAUGUUACAAAUGACUCAAUCAGAUAUGCUGCAGAAAAUAAAUCAUCUACAAGAAAAUCUAGCAGUAGUGAUGCAGGAGUUAACAGAAACGAGAAGGAAACAAACUCUGCAACAGCAAAUGAUGAAAGAUGUAUUAGAUUUUAUGACAAAGCAAUAUGGAUCUUGUAAGUACAUAUAA